AUGGGGGACCAGAAACGUCUGCGCAUUGGGACAAUCUUCGUCAGAGCGCCGUACCGUACCGUUUGCGUCGUGGGGUUGACGGCCAACUGGCCAAUGAUACGCUGGGCAAAGAGGCUGGCAGCCACGAGAAUGGCCGAGGACCCGCCCAAGCCCCCAAGCGCCAAAGUCGCCUCGCCCGUGCUCAUCAAGCCCUCCUGCAACGCGUGGGGCAACGCCGGCACACACACCGCCAUCGCCGCCACCUGCGCCAACUUGAACCGUGACAUUAACCGCAAAUGCUGCAUCCAUCCAUUCCGAUACACCGGCACCAUCCCCGCCCCCGCCCCGCCUGCUUCACCCCCGCCCAUCCUGCUGCUCCUGACACACGGCGAGACCGAGCAGCCCAAACAAACACCCUCGGACAACAUCGGCACCCUCCUGCCACGCCCAAAGGGCGGCCAGCUCCGCUAUGUGCAGCUCUCUCAGCUACCAGACACCGGCGUCGUCGACUUGACGCUGCCACCCCUCGUGUUUUGCAUGGACGGCCCCAACGUUCUAGAAAACUUUGUUCAAGAACUUUUGACGCCCCAGCAGGGUCUUCCCGCGCCACCGCUCACCACGCUGGGUCGAGAUGUCAUUGCUUUUGAGCCACGUGGCGUGGGCCUGGCCGCCCCCGGCCAGGCCUUUGACUUUACGCUGCGCGCCAGAGCCGAGGACUGCCUGGCCAUGCUUGAGCACAUUAGCAACACGGAUGGCCAUGACCAGUUUGUCCUUGCCUUUGGUGGUUGCCACGUUUUUGUGGCCCAGCAAGUCGUCGCCCUGCAACCCGACAUUAUCGCCCGGGUCAUUGCAUGGCAAGCCCCCAAUCUCAAACAGCACCUCGCUUGGUUGGCCGCCCGCGAUAAGCACAACUGGCUGCGCCAGCCCAUCGUUGGACAAAUCCUCAACUACACCAAUCGACAUGCCCUCUUGGAUCUCUGGUUUCAUCACACCGUCGUUGAUGACAUGCUGCGCAAGCGCCUUACGCUACGCGCGGAUUUCCGACUCCAGGAACGCGGCUGUUAUUGCCUCGCCAGCCAUCUGCAACAAUUUGCUGCCAGUCUAGCGGCGAAGCCACCGCCACCCUUCCCCAAGACGCUUCCCGUCCUCAUUCUCUGGGGCCUUGCCGACCCAGUCACCAAAGCAGCGAACCAGCGUCUAGCCAUGAGCUGUGCGCCUCGAGCUGGAUGUGGUCAUUACCCAGAGUUUGAGGCCCCUCUGCCUUUUGCGAUCACCUGGCUGCCUUUCUCCCUGCCUCGUAGUUUGGCUCCUUGA